AUGAACUCAAUGGCUCUUCCCCGAACUCUCGCGAACACCAGCUGGCGAGCUGUAUCAGCCGCUUCGACAGCGGUGCCAAGUCACGCAGGGUUCCUCGCACAGCGAUGCUAUGCGACACGCGCUAUAAAGUCGACGACGGCUACUGCAACUGUCACGACUCCGAAAGCCACCGCCGCCGCGAGGAAGACAACAGCCGCCGCCACGACGAAGAAGAGCGCGAGCACUGUUGGCGCCGUAAGCAAGAAGACUACUCAGGCGCGGACUGCUACGUCGAAGACGAGCUCGACCAAGCCCACCUCCGCGACUGCGAAGUCCGCUGCUGCCGCCCCUCUGAGCACAACCCCCAAAGCCGCAAAGGCCGUCAAGAACACUGCUAGUUCUACAACCGCUACCAGAGCUGCCACCGCAACUGCGAACAAGAAGGUGUCUACGACCAAGGCUGCUGCUGCCGCCGCUCCCAGGACUCCCACGCCUGUCUCAAGCCCUGCGCCUACUGCCACCUCGGCGACAGUAACACCAGCGAGCGCCCCGAAACCCACUCCAGCGGUGGCCCCAACAACGGCCCCGACCCGACCUGUUGCCCCUACAUACCCUCAUCCGCCCCGCGCGCCGGAGUCGGAGCCGGAGGCCCACCCGAAGCUGAACCCGAAUAGUAAAGAGUACCGCAAGGCGUACGGCACAGCGGCAAGGAAGUGGACCGCGACGAUGGUCGCCAUGCCCAUUCUGCUUGUUACCUCCUAUUAUCUCUUUGACAGAUUGGCUCUGGGAAGCAAGCCAAAAGUAAUGCCGGAUUUUGAAGGAACCAAAAAACACAUCGAGGAGGCAGAAGCUGAAGCAACGGCGCAAGUCAAGGUGGCCUAA